AUGCCUGCCUCCAAAAGGCAACGCUCACACGAGAGUGCCGCCAAGGACAUUCCGGUGAGCAAGCGGGAGCUCGGGCACAAGGAGACAGGCCCUCCGCCACCCAAGCCCAACAAGAGGGCUAAAUUCAGUGAUCUAGUCAACCGACACCUGAUUGCGGCACUCAUUGACAGGAACGACGAAAACAGGAAGAUGACGAAGGCGCGCUGGAAGUUCGUCCAUGCGCGACUGAUCGAGUCUCUCUUUGCACGGAUGGAUGAAUCACCCACAGCCCCCAUGCCCACAUUCGAUGGUGCAGGGAGGUUGAACGGCGUGAAAAUCCUCAAGUGCAACGACGAUCCGACCAGGAAGUGGCUGACGCAAACGGUCUGCCAACUGGAGGCGCUGUGGGAGGGCGCCAAGCUAGAGGUUGUGGACAGGGAAUUAAUCCCAUCCAUACCAAAGGCGAAAGUGCUCUUCCCCGUCUCAAUCCAAGGGGAUCGGGCGCUGAAGCUGCUUCAACGGCAGAAUCCAGACGUCCCAACGGCGAAUUGGAAGAUUCUGCACAUGGCCAGCCCUCUACCCAACGAGGGGGGCCAAAGUGUGCUUCUCCAAAUCAACAAGGAGGCGGAGGAUCUGCUGUACCUAAGAUUCGGGAAGAUGGCGUGGGGGUGGCGUCUACCUGCGCCUCAAGAAGCGACACCCCGACGACAAAGGCGCACACAUCCUGCAGGCAUGCGAGGUGGAGAAGGACCCAGGGCUGAAGCCAUCGUGGAUGCCGCCCAGGAACUUGCUCUGGACGACUCGGAAGACGAAGAGGACGGUGACCUGACUGUAAUAGCCAACCCGUCGAGCGGAGAUGAGAGCCACCCAUGA